CAACAGAAACCGGAAACUAUUUUGUUUACACGCGGCGACGUCCUGUUGGUCGCAGCUUCGCUCUUUUCCGUCAGUUCCAGAGACAUCUCUUCUAAAAAAAAUGAAAAAUUCUAGUGUUUAACGAGCGUCGCUGCAGUUUGCCGAAGCCUCCAGAAGAGUUUUAGUCCCGCUGGUUGUUCCGGCGGCUUCAUCGUUAGCCUGGUAGCGCGUAGCCUGUAGCAUUAGCCCCGCGGCGGUGAACCGCGAUGAGCGCGCACGGACUUUUUCCUACUUCGCAUUUUGACCGUUGACCCCAACCGGAGACCCGCCGCCCAGCAUGGCGAGCGACAACACCGACGGCGGCGCGGUGGAGAUUGAGGAGAACGGCGCCACCGCGUCCGAGGCAAACGAGCACGACUACGCGCACGCCGUGGACGGCACCGCUAACCCCGCGGAGGCGCCCUCCUCCUUGGCCGCUGCACCGGCGGACGACGGGGGAGUCGCCGCCGCCGCCGCCGCGCAGGACAACUGUACUACACCGCCGGUGCAGGCCGCCGCCCCGCUGCCGGUGGAGCUUCCCGAACCGGCCGUGGGCGCGGAGGUGGACUGCCCCGGGGGGAACUAUGUCGACGCGCCCCCUCUGCCGGCGCAGACCGGAGAGGCUCCUCCAAAGACUGUCGCGCCCGUCCCCGGGCAGCGCGGCGGCCGCCGGCGCUCCAGCCGGCCGGAGGACAGGAGCUGCUCCAGCUGCAAGGCCGAGUUCGAGCGGCAGGGUCGCAGCUUCAACCGGAGGGCGGUGUACACCUUCACCACCCCGGACACGGUGCACUGGGCCUUCCCGGGCUCCGCGGUGCACGACAAGUCCUUCCUGUGCGAGACCUGCGCGCAGCUCAUCCGGAGCAAGUGCAAGCGCAAGCAGACCGGGAAGCGGUCUCUGUGGCUGAAACCGCCCGCCACCAAACGGUCGGACGCCAGGGACAAGAAGAAGAAAGGCAGCAGGAUGGGGAAGAAGAGCAAAGCAGCUCAGCUGGUGAGCAAGUCCUGCUACAAGGCCGCGUUCAAAAUGCUCUGGUCGGCCAAAGGCGCCCGGAAGCCCAUGAUGGAGUUCUGGUGCAAACAGCUGAAAGAGGAGAUGAAGGUGCUGUCGCGGCAGGCGGGGAGCCCCUUCCACCAGAAGGUGACGAGCAGGAAGCCGCUGUCGUCCUUCCCCUGGCGGCGGUGUCUGAACUGGGCGCAGGACAAAGCUCCGCUCGUCACCUCCUGCCUCCGCGCGCUGUUUCCCGACAUCAACGCGCUCUCCAAGAGCAGCCACAGUCAGAUGUCGGAGGAGCAGGCGCAGACGCUGCUGGAGCGCCGGACCGUGGCGGCGCUCUCCAUCCCGCUCUUCACCAGGAACAUCUGGAAGAACAACUUCCUGCAGGCCGCCCUGGGGGCAGAGCUGCGGCUGCAGGGCUGCUCCGGCUCGGCCCUCGACGCCCUCAACACCAUGGGACUGUGUCAGAACAAAGACACCGUCCGGCUGCUGCUGCACAGGCUCCGGAACGGCAAGAAGAACUCGACACAGAACGGACGACAGAGGCUGAGGCUGAAACAAGAUCAGAUGAAAGGAGAACAGAUGUCAGACGUCGAGGAAGAGGAUAUCGAAGAAGAGGAGGAGGAGGAAGAGGAGGAGGAAGUAGUCGAAGAGGAUGAUGACGAGGAGGAGGAAGAGGAGGAGGAGGAGGAAAUACAGUUGGCAGUAGAGGAGGAAGUGGAACAAGAAGAGGUGCAGGACGAAGUGCCAGAAGAGGAAGAGGAGGAGGAGGAAGAACAAGCACCAGAGGCACAAGAAGAGAAGAAGAGGAGGAGGAAGAAGGCAAAGAAGCAGAGGAAGGAGGAGAAGAGGAAGGAGAGAGGGAAGAGAAAGGCCAAGGAGAGAGAAGAAGAAGAGGAGGAUGAAGAUGAUGAUGAUGAUGAAGGGUCGGAGCAGAAGAAGAGGAGGGUGGUGGUGGUGAGGCUCGGCCUGCUGAAAGGUCACUCGGAGGUCGGGCGCUCCGACCUUUCCGCUCCCUGAGACUUUGAAGGCCACACCCACAAACUCAAUAGGUCACUCCCCCUCCCCCAGUCAGAGAGCAGGACAGAGGCCACGCCCCCUUCUCUGGUUUGUACUUUAUUUCUUCAUUUGUUACUGUAUCUGCGGAAUUACAACAUUUCGCACACAAAACAAAACAACUUCAUCUUCAAAGAUACGAUUCACAGUGAUGCUGUUCAGUCCGAACUAUUGAUUCUUUCAAAUCAAUCGGUAGAUUGAUUGAUUGAGUCUCAACUCUGUGCAGCUGAACAUGCAAACAUACAACAACCAAGGACAAUUUGUGAUCAUUGACUAUUUACUUUGGUUUUGAAUUAAUUUGUUCUUUCAACUAUCUGUAAAAGCUACGAUGGAGUUUAAGGGCCAUGUUGAGGAAAAAACUAAAAAGUGAGAACCAGGAAUAAAGUUUGUAAUUUUACGAGAAUAAAGUUGCGAUUUUACUCGAAAAAUUUAAAUUUUAUUUAACAUUAUAUAACGGCAAUUUACGAGCGCAAAUGUACGACUUUAUUCUCAAAAUAUUUUGACUUUACCUUCCUAAUAUCCCCACUUUAAUCUCAUAACAUUUUGACUUUAUUCUCGUACAAUUAUGACUUUUUUCUUGUAAUAUUUUGACUUUAUUCUCAUAGAUUUUACGACUUUAUUCUCAAAGUCUCCAUGUUUUUUCUAUCUCUGGCCCAAACACUCCGUUGUAGUAAACCUAACCGAGGUGUCUCUUUAAAAAAAAAAAAAACCGUUUCUUGUUUUUUGAAAACAUGUAUUUACUUUUUUCCCCAAAAAUAUUUCCCGAUAUAUAUUUUUUUUACCAAAGCUUUUGACUGAUCGUGUAAAAAGUACGAGGAGAUAAAAUCCCCCUGGCUCGUCUUUAAGGAGGCAAACGACCCCCAACACAAACACACCUUGAAUAAACCUCUGAUGAAUCUCUGCAGAUGUUUAAAAUAUCACCAUGUUAAUAUUCAUCCAUCACGAGCGUUGGAUUUCUGUAUAUGAACGUUGACGGGAGUUAAAGUAGCGUUCAUAAACUCACAGGAGCAAAAUCUGUUUUGUUUUUUUAUGGAAGGUGGAAAUUUCCGCUUAUUGUUUGAGACCUGGCGAAGCCUUUACGCUGAGUUCAUGUUCUAGAGAUUUAUUUGAGAUAAUUUUGCUCCUGAACAGCUUUGAUAUGAUCUGAUAACUUGAGAUGACGAUGAUGAUGAUUUGUGUUAUUAGAGUUGUUUGUAUGAGGAUUGAAAAAAAAAAACUGUCCGCUGACGAUGUAAAACUGAAACUGUUAAAUGACCAUUAAAACAGAAAUUCCUUAUUCUGACUUUUGAUUUUGACAAAAACCCAGAAUUACUGUAACUUCAACCCGACCUGAACGCAACAUUAGAACCAUGAAGGGAAAAAAAGCUUAUUAGAUUUGAUUAAUUAUAAAUCAUAAGAAAAAACAUUGAUACAUUUCAUUAAAAAUAACUUUUUUCUCAGAAUUGAGAUGUCGGUGAGAAUUUAAAUCUCUAAAUUUCUUUUUCCUUUGGGCACUUGUAUUAAGUCCUAUAAAUAGCAACACAUUUUCCUGUUCCAGGAGAUGAUUAGGAAAUGAAAGGCCCAUUACAUAUUAACAUUAGUUUUUUGUUCACAAACUUUUUUUCAGUUUGUGAACUUUUCUCUCCUGGUCAGAAAAUGUUGGAAACAAGAGUUUCUGAUGAAUCAUAGUUUGAUUCUGUAGCGAGUGUUCAAUCUCUCUGAGUUUCUCAAAAGCUUCUUCUCUAAAUGUUUCGCAGUGUCUGAGUUGAGGUGGUGUGUGUGACAGUGACUGUGUUUUCUGGCUCUGGGCCUCAGAUCUGAGUCUGGUCCUUCACUUGGUUCCUGUAAAUGUUUGACAAUAAACAACUUUGCGUCGUCGCCUCCA